AUGGCUGCCCUCCGGCCUCUGUUGAAGCCCAAGAUAGUCAAAAAGAGGACCAAGAAGUCAGGCACCAAUCAGACUGAUAAUGUGAAAAUUAAGCAAAACUGGUGGAAACUCAGAGGCGUUGACAAUGGGGUGUGGAGAAGAUUCAAGAGCCAGAUCCUGAUGCCCAACAUUGGUUAUGGGAACAACAAGAAAACCAAACACGUGCUGCCUAGUGGCUUCCAGAAAUUUCUGGUCCACAGUGUCAAAGAGCUGGAAGUUCUGCUGAUCCCAAUGUGCAGCAAAUCUAACUGUGCUAAGAUUACUCACAAUGUGUCCUCUAAGACCCAAAAAGCCAUCAUAGAAAGAGCAGCACAGUUAGCCAUCAGAGUCACCAAUCCCAACACCAGGCUAUGCAGGGAAGAAACUGAAAAGAUGGCUCAUGCAGUAAUUAGUUUUAGCACAGGAGUGUGGACCACCAGAGACCAACAAGAGUAG